UGGAUGGUACCAAGCCCCCGAGCACCGCCGGGCACCGCGGACUGAGCUCGGCGCGGGGCUGAUGCGGGGUGGCCCCGGGGGCUAGCGGGCUGCUCGCCUUGGAAGCCCGGCGGAGGCCACCCUCGGCCAGCGCUGGCUUGCCACCGCGGGGGCGCGCCACCUCGGGGGCGCGCCGCGCAUACAUUAUGCAAAACGCCCCCCGCCCAGGUGAAUAAAUUAUGCUAACGAAGAAGGGGAGGGGAAAAAGAGGGGAGGGGGCUUCCCCGCCCCGGGGAGCCCGCAGGCAGGUGGGGAGAGGGGGGGAGCAACAAGUCCGGCGGCCCUGGGAGGGAGUAGAGGGAAGAAGGAGGGGGAGUAGAGGGAGGAAGGAGGGGGAGAGGGAGGAAGAGGAGCAGCGGGGGGGGGCUUCCCUCCCGCCCCAAACCCCUCUGACAAGUGGCCCGGCGGCCGCAGAGCGCUCCCAGCACCGGGCGGGCGGCAGCCGCGGGGGCUCGACCCGCUCCGGAGCCUGCGACCCCCGGGGGGCUGCGGGGGGAGCCCCCUCCGAGUGCGACAGCCCGUUUUUUGUGGUUUUAUUUUUUUUUUUUAAUUUUUAUUUAUUUUUUUUUCGCCUUGAUUCUUGCCGUCCCGCCUUCCCGUUAUUUCGUUUCCCCGCCGUUUAUUAUCACCACCACCACCAUCAUCAUCGUCAUUAUUCUUAUCGCUCUUUUCGUUUUGUUGCCGCUGUUUGCAAACUACUCGCCUCCAUGGGGGGCGGAGGGAAGGAAAUAAAAGCUGCCGCAGCUGAAGGGUGCGAAAGCAUGCGGGGGAAGAGCCGGGGAGCCGCAGGACGGGAUGGCAGCGAGCGGCCGGGCUGCUCCGGGGAGCGCUGCCCGCGGCCGUGCGGCUCGGGGCUGGCCGCCCUCCUCUCGGCGCUGGCGGCCGCAUCCUGCCUCUACCUGGGGGUGCGGACCAGCGACCUCCAGGCCAGGCUGGAGGCCAUCGAGGGAGCCCGAGGGGGGUCGUCGGCCGCCGCCGCUCCGCUCCCGCCGCUGCCCGGCUUUUCCCUGGAGCAGCUGAACGCGAUGAUGCAGGAGAAAGUGGAGCGGCUCCUCGCCCAGAAGUCCUACGAGCACUUGGCAAAAAUACGAGUCGCGAGAGAAGUGCCUCCAGAAUGCAGCUGCCCACCAGGUCCUCCAGGGAAAAGAGGUAAGCGGGGCAGAAGAGGAGAGACUGGACCUCCUGGUCUACCAGGGCGAAAUGGCUAUCCGGGUCCGAUUGGUAUGGAUGGAAAGCUGGGUCAGCCUGGUCCUCAAGGCCCUCCUGGUCCAAAAGGCGAGAAGGGAGAUCAAGGUGAUCAGGGCCCUCGGAUGGUGUUUCCUAAAAUCAAUCAUGGGUUUCUGUCUGCUGAUCAGCAGCUCAUUAAACGCCGCCUCAUUAAGGGGGACCAAGGACAAGCUGGACCCCCUGGACCUCCAGGGCCACCAGGACCCAGAGGUCCCCCAGGAGAUACUGGCAAAGAUGGUCCUCGAGGGAUGCCUGGUAUUCCGGGUGAGCCUGGAAAAACAGGCGAACAAGGACUGACAGGACCUCAGGGGCCUCCAGGACAAAAGGGUUCUGUUGGAGUGCCUGGUGUUCCAGGGAGAGACGGACAAGUGGGUGAACCUGGUUUGCCUGGUGUAGCAGGAGAGAAGGGAGCAGCAGGACUUAAGGGUGACCCUGGAGAGAGAGGAGAAAAGGGUGAUGCUGGAGAAAAUGGACCAAAGGGUGACACAGGAGAAAAGGGUGACCCUGGUUCAUCUGCUGCAGGAAUUAAGGGUGAACCUGGUGAAUCUGGGCGACCUGGACAAAAGGGUGAACCAGGUCUUCCUGGGCUUCCUGGACUCCCUGGGAUAAAGGGUGAACCGGGUUUCAUUGGUCCACAAGGAGAACCUGGGUUGCCAGGGCUGCCAGGAACAAAGGGUGACAGAGGAGAGGCAGGCCCACCUGGGAAGGGUGAGCGGGGUGAACCUGGACUUCCUGGACUAAAGGGGAAAACAGGUGAACCUGGAUCUAGGGGCCCCAAAGGGUCAAAGGGUGAUACCGGUGACAGAGGUGACACAGGAUUUCCAGGUCCACGGGGGCCACCUGGACAGAAGGGUGAUCAAGGUGCAACAGAGAUAAUUGAUUAUAAUGGCAAUAUUCAUGAAGCUCUUCAGAGGAUUGCCACCCUCACUGUCACGGGCCCACCAGGACCACCGGGACCCCAAGGGCUGCAAGGUCCAAAGGGUGAACCAGGAUCCCCAGGAGUUCCAGGAGUUGAUGGGGAGCAGGGUCCUAAAGGAUCAAAAGGAGAUAUGGGUGAACCUGGAAUGCCUGGAGAAAAGGGAGGAAUUGGACUUCCUGGCUUGCCAGGAGCCAAUGGUAUGAAAGGUGAAAAAGGAGAUGCUGGUUUGCCUGGUGCCCAAGGCCCUUCAAUCAUAGGACCACCUGGACCACCAGGGCCACAUGGUCCUCCAGGCCCCAUGGGACCUCAUGGUCUGCCUGGCCCAAAGGGUGAACCAGGGUUAAAUGGUCUUAAAGGAUUGAAAGGUGAACCAGGUCAAAAGGGUGACAGAGGGCCCCUUGGUCUUCCAGGAGCAUCUGGCUUAGACGGAAAGCCAGGACCCCGGGGUGUAGAUGGCCCAGUUGGUCCCCAUGGCCCUGCAGGUCCUAAAGGAGAUAGAGGUGAAAAGGGAACAGUAGGUGACCCUGGACCCAGAGGACCGUAUGGUUUGCCUGGCAAAGAUGGCGAGCCUGGCCUUGAUGGUUUCCCUGGUCCUCGAGGAGAAAAGGGUGAUAUAGGAGAAAAGGGAGAAAAGGGGGAAAAGGGAAAGAAAGGCAAAAAGGGGCCUAAAGGGGAGAAAGGAGAACAGGGUGCUCCUGGAUUAGAUGCACCUUGCCCAUUGGGUCCUGAUGGAUUACCCAUGCCUGGCUGUUGGCAAAAGUGAUGAAUCUAACCUUGCAAGCAUGAAGUUGUGUAUAUAGUGCUCCACUUUUUGUAUUUAUAGUUGAAAACUGAACAUUUGAUUUUACAAGUCUGAGAGAUGUUUACAUGUAGCUGCUUCUACCUGUUUGCUAUAGUCCAUGUGUACAUCUUUUUUCACUUACAUCUGCAGUUAGAUGGUAUAAAACUGCAGGAUAAACCUGCAAAGAUUCUCUCUCUAGAGAUACCUAUACAGUGAUCAAUAAUAGAAAUCUGAUUAUUUCUGUAAAUUCUUACAUUUUGGCUUGUGGACCUGCAUGGACAAUGAGUGCCAUGAACUAGUUUACAAGAAAUUGUGACCAAAUAAGAGCUAAAUGCUAUGAAAUGUACUGUACCAGCUGCCAUUGGAGUUUACUGACUUGGCUUUCAUGUCCAUCUUACACACUUCACUGAACCAUGCCACUGCAUCUGCUUGUACAGACUAAAAGCAUGAGUUUGUGUGCCAAACCUGCUUGUUGUGUGAUCACGUCACAUGCUAAAUGGCUGCUCACGGUGACCUUUGAUUCCAGCUUCUGAAUUGUUUCCUUUUGUCAUCUCAAGGGAGUCACACCAUGGCUUAUUGCUAAAAAGAGAUAAAGCAGAGGAGGAUAGAAAGAGGCCUUGAAUUUUUGGGGAACACAGUUCCAGCUGCAGGUGGAUGGCUUCCAGUCUUGCGGGUCACCUAGCCCGUUUGAUCAAAGAGGGUCCCGCCUGUUAAUCAGCAUCGGUUUGCCUUGCACUGCUCGCGGUCAUGAAGACAUUGGCGAUAGGCCCUGACGGGUGCUUAAUCAAGAAGGAAAGAAGUUUGGAGAAGAAACCAGACUUCUCUGUGGGUUGUUUGAAAAGGUUACAGAGAUGCUGUGGGGAUCAUUUGAUGGCAGACACCACCUGAGACCAGAAGCUUCUCAACCUUACUCAAAGAUUGGCGCAGUUAUGUGCUCUGCGUAUUGUAUUUUGGGACUGCUGAAGGCAAAAGCAUCCUUGAGACAUGGAUGAAUCAGAACAUCCUCCUUUGGAGGAUAAUGGAACUGACCAGAUCCGUAUGUACCAUGGUGUGGUUUUCAGGUGAUUCAAUUUAUAUUACACAAAGCUAGCUGAACUUCCCUGCAGAAUUUUGGAAGCUAUGAUUAGCUUUGGUUCACUUUCCUGUAACAGUUGACAUAAAGGAUACAUUUUGAUAAUCUAUUCAACAUUUGUGGUCAUGGCAUUGAAGAAAAUGCUUCAAGUCACAUUUUCAUCUUGUUUCAGUAUUAACAGUUUUUCUUUUACAGUCUUUGAAGCCUUUAAAUCUAAGAAAAAAGAGUUUAUUUUUAUGUUUCACAGGCUGACUUACCUUGUUCUUUUUCUGCUGUUGCGGUGACCUUAGUGGACAUUAUUACCCAUCAAAGAUUGGAGAGAAAUAAGUCUGUGCGAUUACCACUGCCCACUUGUCAUCACACUACACUGUUACAGGUGUGGUUAUUUCUCCAUUUCUGUUGACUAGGUUUCUACAGAAACAUUGGCAAAGCUUUUCUUCUCCAUCUUUUUAUUACUAGAGAUACUAAAUACAUGCACAUUUGUAGUUUUUGCCACAAGGUAUUUUUUUCCAGUUUUGAGUCUUCAUAUGGUGCACUGUUGUUAGUUGGAGAGACUAGUUUCAGAGAUGGUGCCAUGUUUGGCAGAUGGAAAUUCUUUUUAUAUCGCUUCGGUUCCUAGUAUGUAGCAGGAUGAUCAUAAGCUUUUUUAGUUACUUUUCUGAGAGUUGUCUUUCAUAUGUAGACCAAAACUAAAGUUGACAAAGGCAGCCUGUCUCCAUCCAUGUGUGGGUAUUGUGCCCUUCUUGGAAUGCACAUUUUUCCUUGUUCAGUCAUUUCAUGUGAAGAUGGGGACCUGUUGUGGUUGCACUUUUCAUAUUGCUUUGUGAUAUCAGAUAAAUAUAUACCACUAUAAUACUGUCUUUCACUUUGCUAAAUCUUUAGUGCCAUUUUGGUGUAUAAGAGACAGAAACAGCUUUACUUGGAGGGAAUCUUCCACAGAUUUUCAAAACUAAAAUUUGUUUUAGUGGACUCCAUCUAAUAGUACCGUACUAACAAAAACAAAAUUCCAACCAUAUGUAUUUAAAUAUACACGAUAUACAUAUUUAUCACUCAAUUCCAUCCUUCCAACAAUAAGAUGUAGAGAAAUGUUCACAAGCAUGAAGAAAAAUACUUUUCUUUGCUUGAAUUUUCAGAAAUGCAACUAUCAACCUACUUGAAUAAUUACACUUACAAUAAUAAAGGCCUUUGCGUGGCAUAGACUUGUGUUAAUAGUUAGAGUGCUACAGCACUAAUGUGACUGAAGGACUUUCCAGAAAGGGGACAAGAGGAGCAUCACAUAAGCCCUCUGACUUGCCAGUUUGCUUCUGCUUGUUUAAGAAGCUCCAUCUCAAAAAAAACCAACACGCUGAGGAGCCAGCUGCCCUCCUCAUAGAAAGCAGUUCCUCAUGCCUACGCCCUGACUUGGCGCAGUUUAGCUGGGUAUGUUGGAGAUGUGAAGACUAGUGGUCGCUUGUUUUUAUAAAAUAUUACAUACUGGCAAUUAUACAGUAAGGUUAGAUUUUAUUUUUUUUAAUGUCCUUCAGAGUGUUCAAAUGCAAAACGCACUGGGAUGUUUGUUAUUUGACUAGACAUCAUUUGGAGAUGCCAUAUUGAGUGUGUCCACAAACACUACUCGUUUUAGCGAACAGCGACAACAUAAAGAGCUAUUAAAGGCAUGCUCUCAUUAGCACUUUGACAUUUCUUUAAUUUUUUAUCUAUAUUUUUAAACUGUCCUGACAGCAUCCAUUUCUAUAUGCCUCAAUAAAGCUAGAAGAACCUUGGUUCAUCGUUUCUUCAUUCAGGAACUAAGUUUCAUAGACACUACUGUUAAACAUUACUCAAAAAUCAAUUUUCACUGAAAUCUCUUACAGUGAGACCCCACUGAAGAAACAGUUUAGCACCUUUAUUCACUUUCUUUUCUGUCCUGCAAAAUAAUUUCUUUCUUUAACUCCUGCCAGGUAGGAAUACUGUUUUUUUGUUUGUUUGUUUGUUUUGGAGUUUUUUUCUUUUUUAUUUUUUUUCAUAAUAAUCUAAUUUAACUUUUCCUAAACCUUUCAUUGUUCACUUUCACGGAAGACUCAUUCCAUUUAAAAGGCCAUGGUGAACAGCAGAUAAUUUAAUUUGAAAGGUAAAACUACAUAGAUUUAACACUUAAUAUUUGCAUAAAAUAUUUGCAUUUAAAGAUUUACUUGAAACGAAGCCUAAUGGUAUCUAGAAAAGUUGUAUAUUCAGUACAAGAAAAAAAAAUAUGUUGUGUUUAAUAUUUCCUCAAGAGAAAGCACCCUAUGAAGACUUGCAUCAUGUUUAUUUUGUUUAAAAAGCAACUGCUUUUGGUGCUAGUAUAUCGUUUUUUCUUUUGAUGGCAAAGCUACAGUUUGAACCACCUGUGUGUUCUUAUAUCUUUUAGUAGCAUUCCUCCAAACAGAUAAUGAUUUUCUUUGCUUAGUUUGUGACAGGAACAAACUGUUCCCCUACCAGUCUUUUCAGUUAUAGAAAUGUGUACUGGUGUUCGUCUACACCGUUUCUAUAUCCCUGACCUUUUCAGGUAUGAUUAAUUCUUUUUAUUUGAGAGUUUUCAGUAUUUGUUUCAUAAAAAGUUUUGUAAGCAUCUGUUACUUGAGUGUGUUAUAGCCACAUUGUGCAGAAGUCCUGCUACAGAAGCAGUAAGUCUUUUAAGCACUGUAUGGAAUAUGUCUGACAUACGUGGUCCUUGUCUUCAUAUUCAUAGGUUAGUGUGGGGAAUCUUUCUUUUUCAGGAUGUUUUGGACACCUUUUUUAUUUCCCCUGAGGUAAAGCAUGAAAUGUUAAUUCAUGGAACAAGUAUACAAUGUAUUUUUUGAUUUAUAUUUUUAUUUAUUGCUGAUUUUGAUGUCAUGUUCUGGUAGUGUACUAAGGCAGAAUGAUGCUCUUCAUCCAGCUGUUUAUAUAUUCUUUUUGUCUACCGUUUAAGUAUUAUGAACAAGUUUCAAAAUAACCCAAUCAGUAUACCUGCGCGCGCGUAAAGCAUACAGUUCAAAAAGGGAUUAUUCAUGUAGUUAGCAUUGGAUCCAUUAAGCAUUACAGUUGUGGAUGGAUGCAUGUGGGUAUUAGUUACUCAGUUACGCCAUUGGAAGAGACAACACAACCCCAAAUGAGGCGAGCAGUCCUUGGGUCCGUGUGAGAAGGACCUGGGUAUUGUUUAGUAACAAGGGGAAUAUUAUUGGCUUCAGCAGCGGUGUUUCUAAACAUCACUGGCUGCCUAAAUCAGGCAAAAACACUCACUACAGUGAGUAAAAGCUGCAGCGAUGCUUCCAGUCUCUCGAAUGUGAUAAAAAUGUUGGAAAACAUGCAGAAGUUGGCCUUUCCUUUCAAAUUUCCUGAUCGCUGCUACUUGACCACCUUAAAUUUAAUUUUUAAUUCUCUGUAUUUUACCUAAAGAGAGACCUAAAUUUUCACACUAAAGUCACACACAAUACCAAUAUCAGCAACAACAGCGGUCAAAAAAGAGUCUGAUUUUUAGCCAUUGCAGAAUAAUAUUCAAUUUCAGUGACCAGAAUGAAGACUAACACCUGUGGUUUUUGGGUUUUGUUGUUGUUUUGUUAGUUGUUGUUUUUUUUUCUCCUUUCCGCAACUUGCUUUUGUGGAUCUGAAUGUUGCUGCAAUGUACAAAUGAAAAUUUUCUUGCACCCUCUGUUAUUGCAGUAUUUUACAUGGUGGUUGGAUUCAUUAAAUGAUGUUAGAAACAAGUGCCUGCCACCAUCAUUUCUGAUAGAUUUUUUAAAAGAUACUCCACAAAACAAGUGGAGUUUGUAUUUAAAAACAAAGAAGGAGAAAAUAAAAGAAAAAGAAAAAAAAAAGGGGCGAGGGGAGGAGUUGGAGGGUUGUUUUUGUUUCAUUAUAUUUUUAAAAUGCAUCCAAUUAUCAAUGCUGCUUGGAAAUUUAAUUUUCUUUGGAAAACAGGGGGCCUUAACUUAACCUGGGACCGUUAGUGUUUUACUUGUUUCUAUUUAAAAAAGAAAUUGUAUGAAUUUCCCAGAUACCAUUGGUACUUGCACACUUCUCUGAAGUAUUAUGAAGAGUUGGGUUGGUGGAAGAAUGUUUUACAUAUUGUUAACAUACAUGUGGAUAUUCUUAUAUUAUUGUACAUGUUUGGGAAAAUAUCACACAACUUUAAAAAUGUUACUAAGAUGUAUGUAUCUGACUUUUUCCUUUGGAAAAUAUUAUAUAUUUUUAUUUGUAUUUUUUACUUUUUUAAGUUCAUCUAUAUGUGCAGUUAUUUUUGUAUUGCAAGUGGUCUCAUAAUUGCAGUAGAGGAGAUAAAAGUACAAAGAAAAGUAAUUUGGCAAGGAUUACACUGCUUUGGGGGAAAAAAACACAUGGGUCAGUAUCAUAUUAUCAAUCCUAGAAAUAUUCUGAGUGUUUUAGCACUGUAAAUAUGUCACGAGACCUCUUUUCAUGAAUAGUGUAAAGAAUUGCAAGGUUUUAAUCACCCAUUUUAAUUUGUUAUUAAUUACCACUUUUUUGUGGCCUCUGGUCCUGACUUAAUUGAACCUGAUCAAACAGCAUGCUUUUUUUUUUUUGUUUUUAUUAAAAUUUCUCCUUGUUUUUCA